UUCCCUCAGAUUCUCUGAUCACCUUUGCAGGUCAUCUCCUCGGUCUACUGACACAGACAAUGGCGGUUUGGCUCCAGGCUGGUGCUCUGCUCUUCUUGAUGGCGUUCUGCAGCGCAGGAGCCAAUGCCGCGGCACCCCAGCACCUGUGUGGUUCUCAUCUGGUGGACGCCCUAUACCUAGUCUGUGGCCCCAACGGGUUCUUCUACAAUCCUAAAAGAGAGGUGGAUCCCCUGCUAGGGUUCCUUCCCCCUAAAUCUGCUCAGGAGGGCGAGGUGGCUGAAUACCCAUAUAAAGAUUACAACGAGAUGAUGGUAAAAAGAGGCAUCGUGGAGCUGUGCUGCCAUAAACCCUGCAGCUUACAUGACUUGCAAAAUUACUGCAACUAAAACACCAGCAUCGCCAUAAACUACAAAUGAGAAAAGAUUUUUACUUGAUUAUGGAUUUUUUUUUUCCAAGAAAAUAAAAUCAAAUUAAAUGAAA